AUGGGUUUUGACAUCAGAUUAUCCACUAAGUGUGUAGCAAUACCUAUGGAGAUGGGCAUGUGCCACAGCAUUGGUUAUUCUGAAAUGAGGCUUCCCAACCUGAUGGGACACACAAGUAUGGCAGAGGUUAUUCCAAAAUCUGCUGAAUGGCAGCACUUUGUGGAAACUGGCUGCCACCCUCAUGCAAGGACAUUCUUGUGCUCUCUGUUUGCACCAGUCUGCUUAGAUACCUUCAUCCAUCCUUGUAGGAGUAUGUGUGUCGCUGUUCGUGACAGCUGUGCUCCUCUGCUCCUCUGCCAUGGACUGUCUUGGCCUGACAGUUUGGACUGUGAUCGUUUCCCUGCUGAUGAGGAUAUGUGUCUAGCAUCUCUUAGCAAAGAAUACAAACAUAUUCAUAAAGAAUUGCCAAAGCCUAUAUGCCAGACCUGCCCAGCAGUGGAGGAAUUCUUUACACAGAAAAGAGUACUAGAUGUUUUCUGUGCGAACAACUUUGCGGUGAAGGUAAAGCUGUCCAAAAAGAGAAGAGUUUCUGGUGAUCAGGCGUAUAAUAUUGAAUGCCAGGUGGAACUCAUCAACCAGGGUUUGCUCUUGCCUUAUGAUACUCAGAACAUGGUACAACAGUGGUUGCUUAUGAAUGAAAAUUGUACUCAGAGGAUGACCCAAACCUACCGCCCCGUGGUGUAUCUCAUUGUGGGGAAUAUUGAGGAGGGUACCGUUUUAGUAAACCAAAUUUACCGCUGGCAGAGGAGGGACUCCCAGCUGACUUUGGCCACACGGAAGUGGAAACACCAUAAAUGUUUAUAAAUAUUUAUCUUGUGAUCCCUGAUACAUGUAAAAGGUGACUACACUCCUCUUACCAAUGCAAUUUUGUAAAUAGAAAUGUAUUAUAAAUGCAAUGUAAAGUCUUAAUGUAAUUUUUUAAAAAUAUGUUAUAACAGGUUGAAUUCAACCUGGGUAUAAGUGGACAUAAGUUCUGUGUGGUAAAUGGUGUUCCAGCCACUUUGGCCCAGCAUGUGUAAAUGUGUAUUCUCAGAUUGUUGUGAAAAAUCUUGCAUAAUAUGCAUAACCCUGUCAUAAAACACUUUCUUAUGCAAAUCAUAACUAUGAAUGCUUCUAAUGCUGUUUGAGGUGCUCAGCACCUCUGAAAAUCUGUCUACAGUUUCUUAAGUCUUCUGUAUUGCUCAUCACUGUAAUAUCUCAAUAUUGACUUUUACAUGGCUAACUGUGGUUUUAGGUGCCGAAUUUUAGGCACAUGCUUUGAUAAAAUUUGGCCUAGAUCUACACUAAUAAUCUACUUAAUUUCUUACACUGAUGGAGUGUUUUAAAAGAAGGUGGCCCUCUACUGGACAUUUCUAUAUGGAUAAAAUGGUUUCCUUUUCUGUCAAAUAGACAUCAGUUUGAGUGCCUCAGGGCCAAAGGACCUCAGCCUCAGAAGGACAUGGUUGGAUGGCUAGUUUUAUUUUAUAAUGGAUAGCACUUACAAUGCCAUAGUAUUAAUAUUUUAAAGCAUAAGACGAGUACAGUUUUUGAAAAAGUAAUUUAUUGUGUGUGAUCAUUUUGAAAGUGCACAUUCCUACUGGAACCUGAAUCAGAACUCUACUGAAUGUAUCUAGUCUGUUUUCAUUUUAUUAAUUAAAAUGAAACAUUCGUUACUUUAAAAAAUCAACACAGGUGGUUUACCAGCUGUCUUUGGGAAUUACACGAGACUAAGACAACUGCAAAAGGCACUGAUAAUAUUCAAGAAAUGUAAAACAUUAUACUGGCCAAAUGAUUGUAAUUAGCAUAGUCAGUUGUAGUAUGCCUGUGCUAAUCUUUAAAAACAGUGGUGAUGGAUGGGUCUCAGCUUAAUUUCAAACACAUAAGAACUAAUUUCAUAAAGAUGUAUAAUCAACAGAAAAACUGCAUAAAUUAUCAGCUACA